AAGAUUCAGUCAGUCUCUGUCAAUUCUAAUCAGGUGAAGGCAUUGGUCAUUUUGCUGCAAAGCAGUUGGAAGGAUUUUUUAAUUCAGGGAGCUGGCCUUUUUAUUUCAAGCUUAUUUCAUCUUUCAAACAAACGUGUUGAUGAUUGGCCCUUGAUGCAGUCUCCAUUUCCAACACUGACUAUAAGCACUAUUUAUCUCCUCACUGUCUGGCUGGGCCCCAAAUGGAUGAAGACAAGAGAACCCUUCCAGUUACGUUUCCUGUUGGUUGUUUACAACUUUGGAAUGGUUCUACUCAACUUCUUCAUUUUCAAAGAGCUGUUUUUGUCAUCAAGAGCUCGAGGGUACAGCUAUGUCUGCCAGACUGUGGAUUAUUCAGAUAAUGUUUAUGAAGUUAGGAUAGCUGCUGCUUUAUGGUGGUAUUAUGUCUCUAAAGGAAUUGAAUAUUUGGAUACAGUAUUCUUCAUCCUGAGGAAGAAAUUUAACCAAAUUAGUUUCCUUCAUGUCUAUCACCAUUUCACCAUGUUCACCUUGUGGUGGAUUGGUAUUAAGUGGGUUGCAGGUGGACAAGCUUUUUUUGGAGCUCAGAUGAAUGCAUUUAUUCAUGUCAUAAUGUACAUGUAUUAUGGAUUAGCUGCCUGUGGCCCUAAAUUUCAGAAAUACCUGUGGUGGAAACGAUACUUGACCAUAUUACAAUUGGUGCAGUUCCAUGUGACUAUUGGCCACACAGCCUUGUCUAUUUAUAUUGAUUGUCCUUUCCCUAAAUGGAUGCACUGGGGUGUAAUUUUCUAUGCUGUCACCUUCAUUUUCCUGUUUGGUAACUUUUAUUAUCGGACAUAUAAGCUGCCCAAGGAACCCAUGAAGAAUGGCAAAAUAGCAAAUGGUGCUGUUGCAAAUGGAUUAAGCAAACAAGAAAAUAAUGCAGUGGUGGAAAAUGGAAAAAAGCAGAAAAAGGGAAAAGCAAAAGGAGAAUAACUUGAUCCAGGCCUUAACCAUUGUUGGCAGUGAGGAACCUCCAGUUUGGUUUAUAAAAGGAAGAAAAAACCACUAUCUGUACCAAUUAACCUUAGGUUACUGAAGAGCUAGAACACAGAUAUUUUCGUUAUUUAUGAAGAUUGUUUUAAGAACAACACUAAAGUUGAAUUUCUAUUGUAAUUAUGUAAUUAUCAUGCAUAUGGUCUCUGUGUAAACUUGUAGACUGCUGGUGUUGGUGAAUGUAAGGAAGAAUGGCAGUUGAUUCCAUAUUUAGCAGUCCAGAAGUUAAUACUACCAUUGAUACAGGCAGUUUUGUUGGCACCCACAUUUCUUUGGGGGAGGGAGGUGGGAAGGAAGUAGCAUUUGGACACUUGUGUUUUCUUUCCAGAAAAUUAUUAAAUUUCAAAUUAUGAUGUAUUAUCUAAUCAGAAUGCGCAACUUUUCUUGUCCUCAUUGGAGAGUGUCUUCAGAUACAUCAUGUUUAUGUGCUGUCAGAACAGUGUUUGACUUUUCAGACAUUAUUUGAUUUAAUUGAGUGUCUGUUACAGGUUUGUUUGUUUUGUUUUUUUUUCUUGUGUGGCAAUAUACCUACCUCUUCAUCUGCUGAAAAGAAUAUUGAGCAUUAAAUAACUGGUUUCUGAAAUAUGGAGUCCUCUAAUAUAAAUAUCCAUUAACACUAAUUCAGGAGAAAAUGGUUUCCUGUGGCAGUAAAAGGGAUUUUUGGUGGGUUUUGGUCAAGUCAUUGAUAACUUUUUUCAAUGUAAACUUAAAUUUUAGACUGGUACUUAGUAUAGCUAAGUGAAGAAAACGUUUUAAGAAUGUAUGAAUAUGAAACAAUACAUUGUUUGAAGCAAGCGGUAAAAGUAGGCCUGCUGCUUGUUGUCCAUGACCUACAUUAAACCUGUGGUGCUGAUACUGAAAAUGGUAAGAUAAUAUUAUGGUGGAGAGAAAGCAACAAUAUGUAAUUCCAUUUAGAAAUGCUGUGUGUAUGAGUAGUCAUGCUAAGUACUAGAAGUCGCUUUAUAGGGAGAGAGAAUUCAAUUAAAAAGUACUAAAUACAGCAAACAUAACAUGUUGAAGAUGCUGCUACUGCUUGAUACCCAUCAAAACUCUGUUUAGACACUUGCAGACAAUGUAUUGCUAGUAGUCAGGCCACCAUUUUAAUGUGAAUGUCAGAGAUGGGCUUCUGAAACUCUAUUUCCAAAAUAUUCUCAGAUCUUUUCAACCUAAUUGACAAAGUGAUUCUGCUAAUUAUUUUUUAGUCAAAACUGCUAAAAUAAGUAGAAGCCUUUUAGAUGGCUUUCCAUCUUAUGUGGUACAUUAAUGGACUUCUUACUGCUCCUUUUGUGAAGAAAAUACGGAAAGAGUUAAUCUCCUUCCAAAUAAUGUGAUUACGAAGAGAGAUGUUUUGAGCUGCUCAGGAUGCAGUGACUAGAAGAGAGGGGUGGAAUCAGAAACCAUCUCCUGAACUCACAUGUUUCUUGUUCAUUACUCCAAGGGCUGUCUUGUUGCCGUCUAAAUGCAUUCCUCACAGCUCUGGUCAAAAACAUUUUCACAGUUAGUGACAAACUAGCAAUCGGCUAGUGACACCAUUGCUGCAGCAAAAAAGUACAUGGAGCUGUAGGUGUAAAGUGUGUGACACAUAUUUUUUUGCAGCUUGAUUAUCCAUUUGUCUGUUUAUGAUACACAAACAGGUCACGUUGUCUGUGUCUCAGGUUUUUCUCGUCUCUAUACUAAAAAGUGUCUAAACCCAAACAACAAGUCCUAGAACAAAAAAAGAGUUGGAUUAGUCUGUUGUAUUCAGAAAUAAUUCCUAAUGCUGGAGUUGAUUCAGCUGGAAGGUAGGUCAUCCAUAAUCUCCACCACCGUGGAUUUUAUGACAGAAUAUAGGAUUGUGAAAGAAUUUCUCUGCUGAACUGUAUUGCAUGUGAACAUUAAGUUUCCUAUCUGCUGUGUCUUGUGAUUCUUCCAGCCUUUGUACUGAUGCUUUUUGCAUUUGCAUAGCUCUGUGUAUUUAACAUAGUGUGGCAUGGGGAAGAAGGAUAGUGGUCUACCCUUCCUUCUUGGACAAAUGCCACUACUGUUAACCAAGCCAAAAUGCUGGCUCACUGGGUAACUUUGAAAUGGAUAAAGGAGCAAAUAACUACAAAGCAAGCUAGCAGAUUUACAGGACACCUACUCCAGGGUAAUGGCUGGUGUGAAUACACUUAACCUACUGUAAAUUCAAGGUAGCUUACCCCUUUGAUUAAAGGGUAGCUUCUUUCUAUUUGCCAUGGGAUGUGGGCAGCUAACUUGUAAAUCUGUAUCAUUCUUUGUAUUGUGUUAAAUUGAUCAUUUACUCUGUCUUUCAGUAAGCCAGAUCAGAUAAACAUACUCUUAAUGUGAUCUGGCUCUGAAAGAGCAGGCUGAGAAAUAUUCCAGUACAUGUUCAAUUAUGGUUUUGCUACACUUUGUAAAGUAAGAAUUAUGUCUUGCAUGUUGGCAAAUAUUUAAAUAACUGAAAGUCAAAUCUUCUCUCCCCUCCAUCAUGGAAAUUGCUUAAAGUUGGUAACAGAUUGAACCUUAUUGGCAGAACUUGAGUAGAAACCUACCCUCAAACUCUGGGGCAUUUGGUAACUUUGAAGAAAAAAAAUUAAACAAUGCAUUGUGAGAAUGCUUGCAUACAUACACCUCAGGUUGUCUAGCCCUGUGGGUAAAACCAGUUCAAGAGAUUGGCAUUUAAUGAAAAAAAAAAAAAAAGUCAGUUACUGAAUUGCUGAUACACUGCUGUUUUGAGUCAAUCAUCUGCAAUAUGGCUUUGCUAGGUCUAUGAUAUAUUUGAUUGUGUGACUUGAGUCCCAUUAUGAUCUUGAAUAUAAUGGCCUUAUUAAAUGUACAUUUUUGUAGGCAUGGUCUUGAGUGCAAUACUUCUGUUUCUGACUAUGCAGCCAGACUCACAGAACACAGGGCUGAACUUAUAUAGCUUUUUCUUUUUCAGAAUUUGAGGCAUUGAUAUGCAUGUGAGAUACUGCAGAUUCAUUAAAGUAAUCAAGUCAAGACACCUCAGAAUUUUGCCAUAAAAGUAAUAGAAUAUAGGUAUAAAUGUGUAUGUUUGCUAUACACAGAACUGAACUUUAAAUUAUAAAAUCUACUUUGCAUGGUAUUUUUUCAAAUACUUUUUUUCUAAAUGCUUCCAAUUUAUUAAAAGUGAAAUUCAAGCCAUUUGGAACUUUUUUUUUUUUUGUCAGUGAAAGACACUUUUUUGCUAACAGUUCUGAAGUUCUUGGACCAGAGUCUCAUAAUUAUUUGAUGCCAUAUAAGCGAUACCAUUUCAUUUAGCCUCAUCUCUAGCAGUGACAUUGUUGGAUUCUUUUAGCACUUUGUUGAUGUAAAAUAAAUACAAAAUACCUAUAUGUGUGUGUGUAUAUGUGUACACAUACAUUGUAUAUGGGUUCUUAGCAGGUUCUUUCAAUAUGUGAAGUAAAUUGUAUUUCUUUAAUGUGAAGUUGGCAGGAGCUAAUAGAACAGUUCUUGCAGCUUGGGCAGUAAAAUGAAGCAGUUUUCAUUGAUCCAUAGAUCCAGUAUCAGUCUUGCAGACAUAAAUAGUAUUUGUCAGUCAUUUUAGAGAUAGGAUGGCAGGCAAGCAAGAGCCAUUUCUCCCAGUGUAAUAAAUAUUUUGCGGCAUCAGUUGUAGAUUCUGAGGGGAGGGACCUCAACUCAGAGGAGCUGAGGAAUUACGCUGUUUUAUAAUAGGGAUCAUUUUAGGAAACAAUAAGUAACUUGCUCCAGGUAAGUCUUUGAAGUUAUUGCAAUCAAAUUCUCUGUUUAACAAGACACUUUAAAAAAAAAAAAAAAAGUUUCUCUGUAGGUUCAAAAGCAUUGCCUGUUUGUAUGACCAUUAACUACUUCCAGCUCCAGAUCAGGAGAAAAAGAUGAAGGCAAAAUAAAUAUGCUGCACAUUUUUUUUCAGGUUAACCUUAGGGUACAUUUCUUCAGAGUAAGCACUUGAGCUCCAUGUGCUGGGGAGGCAGGUAAGAAAGGAGUAAAUAGCUAUUGUGCUGAAAGGUUUCACUCUUAAAAUAGCUUAUGAGCACACUUGCUGUCUCUUCAAAACUUGAGUAAAAUUGUUCAUGGUGCAUAACCUUGCAUGAAGUUAGUGUGGGACAAGAGUCAUAAUGUUUAAACACAUAUUUAAAAUUAGAUCUGUUUCAGUUAAAAUUGAAGAGAAUGGGGAGCUUCUUCAUUAUCUGGAUAGUGUAUUUAUCUUGGUUAGACGCAGACUAAUCCAGUUUGGCACCUAAAGCACGUCACCCAUAUGACAUCUCAUUGCAUCGCAGUCGGAUGAGUCGGCCUCUUUGCUAACGUAAGCAGUCAGAGCUCCAUGAAUAUCGGUGGGGUGGGUUCCAUUUAGCUCAGCGGAGUACGUUUAACCCUAAAGAACAGAGAAAGUACUUGUUUUCUGCCAAUAUCCCAGGAGGAUGAGGGUAAUGUGUGGUUCAGGAUGCUGCUUUUGCAUAAGGUGUUCAUGCUUUUGUAAACAAUAAAAAUAAACAUUACUUUUUUCAUGCUGUUUGAGUUUGGUUUUAUACAUUCCACAGAAUGUGUCCCAUCCUGCUUCCAGAUCCUUGCUAAUUUUACAGUGUCACACAGGUUGUGUUGAUGUAAUCAGUUAUGUAGCCCAAAAGUUUGAGAAAAAAAGAAUUCUUGGCAUUUUAAGGUUAUGGGAGUUUCUAAUUUUGGAUAUUACCCCGAAAUGGUAGUCUAGUGGCUUGAAGUCACCCUUAGGGAACUGAGUGAAAAUAGAAUGUCUACUUACAC